CAAUAAAAUAUUUCUGGCGGGGGCGUCCUGCUGUCUCUCCCUCUCUCUCCUCCGUCACUGUAACGCCAGCCGGCUCCUCUCUCUCUCUCUCCUCUCCCACCAAUCGACAAUCACUCGGGAAGGUUCGUCUUCUCAUCGCCCUCCGUAUUUAAUUCCCCCAAUUAAUAUCUGAUCUGUCCAAUUCGUUGGGAUUUUCAACUCCAAAACCUUAGGAAUUCAUCGACCCAAAGCAAUCGAUAUUCAGUACCCAAUUCGUAAAAUUGUCAGUUCAUAUCCAUUCUCACUUUAAAGAUUGAAUCUUUACGGCUUCCCUUUUGUGAUUUGGGCUCCAAUGGAACUUGGGCUCGUCGCUAAGGGCUUGAAUUUCUCUCGGAGAAGAAGGCGAUGGCUUCUGUUACUCGCAGCACUUGGGGUCUCCGGCUAUGGAGCUUAUAGGGUUUACAAUUUGCCCUCUGUGGCCAGGAAGAGGAAGAGGUUCCUGAAGCUCGUAGGAGCCCUAAUUUCUAUGGUCGAGAUGGUCUCCGAUUCGGCCGAGACGAUUGGUGUUGUCUGUGGGGAUUUGAAGGAGUUUCUGCGUUCUGAUUCGGACGAAAUGCCCCAAAGUUUAAAGCAGAUUUCAAAAAUUGCGAGGUCGGAGGAGUUCUCUGUGUCACUGAGUAGGAUUACCGAGGCUAUGACGGUUGGGAUGAUUCGAGGGUGUAAAUUGGAGAUGAAGAAUGAGAAUGAAUCGGGGAAGGGUUUGGAGAAUUCGAGCUUUUCGGAUAGGGUUUUCGAGAAAGUUUUCUCUACGGCUGGAACCGGGUUCGUUUCGGUUGUGGUUGGAAGCUUUGCUAAGAAUUUGGUUAUGGGAUUUUACUCUGAUGAGCAAUCGGGUGAGAAUUCGAGUGUGUCGAAAUCAAGUCCAUCAGAUGUGCCUAGAUGGGUUAAUGUUGUUUGCAGUGAUAGAAGCAAGGAGCUCAUAGCAAAUUGCAUUCAGGUUUUCGUAAGCACUGCGGUUGCGGUUUACCUUGACAAAACGAAAGAUAUCAACGUUUAUGAAGAAAUGUUCGAUGGGUUGACCAAUCCCAAACAUCAGAACAGAGUGAGGGAUGUUCUGGUUUCUGUUUGCAAUGGUGCUGUGGAAACAGUUGUGAGGACAUCUCACCAAGUUUUGACAAGUUCCAGUUCGAGUUCAAGCUCGAAUUCGCAUGUGUGUUCAAUUGUUGAUCAGAGUGAAGGUCCAAGUGGAACUAUGGAUGAGUGCUUGCAUCGAGAGGUAUCUCCAAAGCAGCUGAAGGAGGGAAGUUCGUUUGAUGAUAUUCAGAAUAGUGGAUGGGUUAGGAAGGUUUCAUCUACAUUGGCAGUUCCGUGCAAUAGGAGGUUUGUUUUUGAUGUGACGGGGAGGGUGACGUUCGAGACAGUUCGAUCUCUCGUUGAGUUUAUGUUGUGGAUGCUAUUAGAUGGUUUGAAAAGAAGCCUUAGUGCACUUCAUGGGGAGGUUGCAGACAGGGGAUUGCAAGUCAUCACAUACUUCAGUGGAAAGUCUUCGGUUAUAGUUACUGUAUGUCUUGCUUUGCAUUUGUAUGUCUUGGGUGGUACAAGAGUUCUCUUGACUGCUUAAUUUGAUGGGUUUAUCCCUCCCUUGUAAGACGCUCCUAUCAGUCAGAUAUGACUCCCUUUGAGGAAGGUUGUGUAUGUAUAUCUUUGUCACUUAAUUGAAAAGGGAAAAAAAGGGGUUCAUAUCCAUGAUGAUGCAUGCUUUAAAUCAGGAAAUUUUAUUCCUUU